AUGGCGGCGGUGGAGGAGUGCCUGCGGGCCGUAGGGCUGCAGUUCUGGGCGGACUCGCCGCAGGCGCUGCCCGCCCUGCUGGCCCCCGCCGUGCUGCUGGGGCUGCUGCUGGGCGCCGCCGCCGCCGCCCUGCUCUGCCGCUGCGCGCUCGGGCCGCGCCGGGGCGGAGAGAAAGAUGAUUCUCAAAGACUUCUGGAAAGCUUCAACGCUAAUGAAAAAGAACAUACACUCAUGCAAAGUAAAGCAGAACCCAAUACAUCAAAAGAGGAAAUGGUGCUGGAGGAAAGUGAAUCUCCUCUGAACAGUAACAUCACAGCAUUUGCAUUAAAGGCAAAAGUGAUCUAUCCCAUCAACCAGAAAUUUAGGCCUCUGGCAGAUGGCUCAUCCAAUCCAUCUUUGCAUGAGAAUCCAAAGCAGGCAGUUCUGCCUAACCAAGUGGUGGAGACCUCUAUGUCAGGCAGCCUGGGAUCCCUGAGCCAGGGGGACAAAGAGGACUGCAGUUCCUCCACAACAAUACAUUCCACAACAAGUGAUGACAGAUUUCAGGCUCGAGCCUUCCUAAAGGUGGCCAGCUUCUCUGAAGUGCUGACAUGUGAGAGUUUUGAUGUUAAGCUCUGCCUUUGCAGUCUUACUUUAAAAGAUCUCAGACGUCUUGAUACUGAACUCAGAAAAGAAAAACAUAUGAUGUUUAUUCAGGUUUUCAAGAUAUACCUCACAGACUUCCAUCAUAAAAAGAAGAUUACUGAUGGUUUGUUGAAGAAGAUCCUUUUAAAUCUGGAAAAUGAUUUUGAAGAAUUACAGAAACAACUUGACUCUAGACUCCAGAAUACUGAAAUGUCAGGAGCCCAUAAUUCAGAGUUCCAGACUCUAGAAGACCUAGAAAGGAGGGAAAGGGAAUAUUCCGAGCACGUAAUAGAUAAUAUGGAAGCCUUCUGGAAGCAGACUGACAAAGCCCAGCAGGAUUUUUUGGACCAAUCAAAAUGCUCAAGUGCCAAAGCAACAAAGAUAAUGAUGGAUCUGACUGAGAAGAUGAUUGCAGUAGAAAGCUUGUUAAGUGAAUCUCAAGACUUGCAGGCAAUGGACAUUCAGGAAAGGUUAUUCAACUGGGAGCUUAUGGUGAAAAUGAUUGAUUCACUGAAGUCCUCCAUACCAGAAGAGUGUAAGGGUAGAUUAAAUACAGUGUCAAAUAUUCUGGACCACUUAACUGUAAAGAAUAAUCUUUCAGUCCGACAAAAGGAAGAGCUUCUAACAGAUCUGCACAAGGCCUUCUGGGAACAGCUGGCACAUUACAGUAAUGAAUGCAUGCAACAAAGUAAAGACCUGAUCUUGAAACGCCUGGAGAGCCGUGUGAAGAAAAAGGAAGAGCUCAAACGCAGACGGGAAGCUGAACAAGAGAGUCUCCUUAGCAAAACUUUUCUUACUGAAGAUGUUCAUAGUUUUCUCAAGGCUUACCAUGAGCUGAUAGAGAAACACUGGCAAGCACAGUGGGAUCUGGAGGAGGAGGAUGACUGGGAGAGCGCAGAGGCUGUCGCCGAUCUCUACAAGGAGCUGUACUCUAAGGCUUCCCAUGCUUUAGCAGAGUUGGUGGCAGAGCUGUUUCUUCAGACCCUGCCUGUGGUGACCAGCCUCUCUGUAAGGGAAUGUGAGCUUCUGAAAGAGGAGUGGCAGGAGAAUUUGCUCCCUCAGCUGGAGAAAUGGGAGAAUCAUCGCCAGAGACGCUGGAAGCUUUUCCAGGAACAGCUGUUGCAAGAAAAAGAGCUCUGGAUAACAGAAUAUGCUCUGUCUGCUGUGAUGCAAAAGCAGCUGUCUGAGAAACAAGAGAAGAUAAUUCAAGGUGUCGUAAGCAGACUAGGAUGCCUCAGUGAUGAGUCUGUCAGCUACAUAUUGCAGAAGCACCGGCUCCUUCUGCGUGCCGUGCUCCGAAGGGGAACCUUCCGAAGAGCCGGCACGGCAGCCCUGGCGCGCAUGCGGCUCUCCAGGAAGAGGAGCUCGCUGCAGGAGCUGAGAGAGCAGCACACCCUGCAGCAGGGAUCCUCCCCGUGCCAAGAUGAGGACCAGUGGCAGCUACAGAAGGCAGUGGAGUCCCACAUUCUUGAAGAGGAGGAGAAGCUUGAGGAAGAAACACAAGAAACCCAUUUAGAAUUUCACCAGCAGCUGGUCACAGAAAUCCAAGAAGCUCUUCAGUUUCUUCAGCAGCACAUGGAGCAGGUGAUCGGGCAGACACUGCUGCAGUACGCCCGAGGGGAGGCCAAAAAAAUGAGUUCAGAUGAUGGACAGGACUUCAAGGAGAGACUGGUGGAAUCUGCUGUUGAAAGUGUGUAUGGGACCAGCAAUAAUAUCAAUAGACUGGUGCAAAACUACUACCAGCAAUUAGGAAAAAUCACAGAAGGCUAUGAAGGAAAAAAGCUUCAACAUCUGAAAUCCUUACAAGCAGAAAGAAAUGAAAGGAUCAGACUGAAGAAUAAAGAGAAUGAACUGGCAUUGAAGGAAAAACACACCAAAGGCCUCCUAAAUGUGUCAUCCACGGUCCACCAAAGGGUAGUGCUACAGCAAAACAAGAUUUUGGCUCGGUUUGAACUGCAGCAACAAAUUCGUCUGGAGUCUCUGAAACAGAAGCUACAGGGAUUGCACUGCCUAGGAACCGAGUUGGAGAAUCAGCUAAGGGAAGCAGAGCAGGACUUUGUGAGUGAGCUGGCUGUGCUCACCCGAGUUCCACUGACUGUGAAGAAGAAGCCUUCCAAAAGGAGCAAGCCAGCAGGUGAAAAAGCAAAUUCCAAAAGACAGACCUUCCAGUCACCUGAACCAGCAGAAAACAAUGAUUCUCAUGAAUAUAUUCAAGAGCCCCAUGGAAUAACUUCUGGCUUACGCAGAGACAUGUCACAGAGCUCACAUGAAGGGGAGACUGAACCAAGAAAAAACUCAAAGAUGUUAAAAAAGAAAGGCAGCAGGUAGUAAAAGCCUUUGUCUGAGCUUGGUACACAGUGUACCAAGGCAUUCUUCUGGGGAAUCUCAGCAGCUAUAGGUACUUACUGAGCUGCUUUGCUGAGAAACAACAAAGAAAAUCAAUAAUAACUCAUAAAUCUUUUUUAGCUGCAGACCAAGAAUCAAUUCCAACUUCCUUUAGCUGUUAAUAAAACAUUCCCUCUUGGUUUUGGUAAGGGGGGACAACGAGGUCUUUAAUACAAGCUCUUUGAGUUUGCUUGAGUAAUAUGCUGGGGAGACAGUUUUAGAUUUGGAAUAAACCUGAGGACCCAGGUCCCUUACCUCAGUAAGGUUUCAUCACAAUAGUGAUGUACUGUUUACUUUUGAGCCUGAGAUGUGGUAUAUUGAGUCUUUUUUUGAAUGCUACUUUGGCCUAGCAAAAAGAGAUAAAAAUGUGGAGAAUAUGUAAACAGCCUUCAGAUGGUACUGGUACACCAAAAGAUGACUUUUGGUCUCUCUUUUGUUAAAUUUUUGUGCUUCCAGUCUUAUGCAUGCUUUUUAAAAUUUGUACAAAGGUUUUUAUAUAUGUAUUUCUCUGCCUUUGUCUUAUAAUUCAAAUUGUUACUAUUAGAGAAUAUGAGAGAAAACUGGUUUGCUCUUUCACUUUUUAUACUUCAGCUUCUAGUCUUCUUCUGUAAGUGCACCCUUUUGUUUCCAAUAUACUUGGUUAUGCUCAUUACGUUUCCUAUGGGAAAUUCUUGUUAUGCAAAGCACUUAGUUCUUACUGGGUGUACAGAGCACCUGUAGUGUGUAAUAAAUUGCCCCACUUAAGCAAUCCUACAGCUUUCAUGCAGUGGGAGUAUUCUGCCUUUUUAAAAAUAAACAUAUAUUUUGCUAAUGAAAAGGUUGUCCUUUGGUGGAGGAUGGAAAGUACUGCAUGAGUUACACAGUUUGCCUCAGACAAAAGGGCUCCCGUACAAACGAGUUCACUGGGGCUGUUACACAUGUGAUUUUAUUAAAAUACGAAUAUCGAUCUAAUAUCAAUAUUCAACUGUGACGGACAAAAGACUCUCUAACAGUUCAAGUUAGGAAGUGUAUGUUUAUUGUGACGCGGGGCAGCGCGUGGGAUCGCUCCCUAAUGCACACUGCCAAGAUCACAGGUAAUUACAAAGUCUUUUAUUUACAAAAAUGUUGAAUACACAAAAUACAAAUGCAUAUUCAUACCCCUGUCACUUCCUCUUCUCCGCUCCGUAUGCUAAUUGACACAAAGGCCAUUAAGCAUGCAUAGUUUGUUCCCUGAAAUGGGUCGGUGGUCCUUUUGUGAGGAGUGGUCACCAAAAGGAGGAAGUAAAACGAGUCUUCCUCGUUCUAAACUUUCAAGCUUUUCAAUGCAGAUGUGACUGAUGGAUGGUAGAACUCUCUGUUUCCUGUUUUCCAGGACUAUUUCAGUGGAUUUCUGGAAACAGGAGCUCUUGUGUUGUAUUGAUUAGCAAUGAGUUAUUAAAUCCGGGGUAGCUUAUCUUACAUCCGGUUUCUUUUAACCAUCCUCUAACUUUUAACUGAUUUCAGCAAAGCUUAUCUAUUCAUUUCAGCUAAAUCAGCAACAUCUAUUGUUAACUGUAACCUUAGCUUUUCUCAAAGCUUCAAAAUUAGUGUCUCACAUGUGUAAUGUAAAUGGUUAAUUUUCAUCUCAGUUGUAUAACAAAAAUCUGAAUUGUA